AUGUCUACCACCCAAAUGCCUACCAACCACACCCCCACUGGUGUCGUCGCUGCCUUAUCAGGCGCACCUCCCACCCGCACUGCCCUCGCCCAAUUCGCCCUCCUCGGCCGGGUCGCAAUGGUCACCGGCGGUCAGCGCGGCAUCGGUCUCGAGCUCGCCCUCGCCCUCGCCGAAGGAGGCGCGGUUGUCUAUUGCCUCGACCUCCCCCCUACACCCGACGCCGACUGGAUGAAGGUGCAGCAGUUCUGCUCUUCGCUCCCGGAUCUCGGCGUCGGCGCGCACAAGAAGGGCCGGAUGGAGUACAUGAGCUGCAAUGUGACCGACCAGAAGGCGAUGUGGACUAUCGCGGAGCAGAUUGCGGAGAAGGAGGGGAGGGUGGAUAUUUGUAUUGCUAAUGCGGGAGUUUUGAGGGGUGCGGAGUGCUUGGAGUGGGAUGGGGAGGAUUUCAAGAAGCUCCUUGACGUCAACAUCAAUGGCGCGUUCUUCACUGCCCAAGCUGCUGGCAGGCAGAUGGAGAAGCGCAAUAUUCGAGGUAGUAUCGUCAUGAUUGCGAGCAUGAGUGGAACCAUCACCAACCCGAACAUGCACUGGACCGCGUACAACACCAGUAAGGCUGCCGUACUCCAAAUGAUGCGUUCCAUGGCCUGCGAGCUCGGGCCAAAGGGAAUUCGUGUCAACGCCCUCAGCCCUGGAUACAUAUACACCAACAUGACGAAGGCGUUCUUGCAAGGCAAAUCCGAGCUCGAACGGAUGUGGUGUGCUCAGAACCCUCUUGGCCGCCUCGGCAACCCCGACGAGCUGCGUGGUGCUGCUCUUUGGCUCGCGAGCGAUGCAUCGACGUUCUGCACUGGUAGCGAUAUCAGAGUCGAUGGUGGGCAGACUGCGUGGUAG